AUGUUUGACCCGCUCGGCUCCUUUUUGCUUAAAUUCCGCAGAUGGUAUUUUCCCAACACAAAGAGGCUGGAUGCAGAGAAGAUGCUGCUGGCGGGGGGGAAUCGGCAUGGCGCCUUCCUCAUCAGAAACUGUGAAAGUCAGAAAGGGGAGCGGUCCCUCUCGGUGCUGGACGGUGGGAAGGUGAAGCAUUACAAGCUGAAAAAACUGGACAACGGUCACUACUUCGUGUCGAGGAGCAGAUCCUUUGAAACACUGGAGGAGUUAGUGGAACAUUACUCCAAGCAGGCCGAUGGCCUCUGUGUGUGUCUUCGCGAACCAUGCAAGACGAUGGAGGCUCCGCAGACUCACGGCCUGUCCUACAACACGGUGGACCAAUGGGAGAUUAACCGCAAGUCCAUCAAGCUGCUGAGGAAGCUCGGAGCCGGUCAGUUCGGAGAAGUGUUCGAGGGCCUGUGGAACGACACCACAGCAGUCGCGGUGAAGACCCUCAAACAUGGUACAAUGGACACAGAGGACUUCCUGAGAGAGGCUCAGAUCAUGAAGAGGCUGCGGCAUCCCAAGCUGAUCCAGCUGUACGCUGUGUGCACCCUGGAGGAGCCCAUCUACAUCAUCACAGAGCUGAUGAACAACGGCAGCCUGCUGGAGUACCUCAAUAAGGAUCAGGGCACCACGCUGGGUAUCUCUGACCAGAUUGAGAUGGCUGCCCAGGUGGCGUCGGGCAUGGCUUACCUGGAGUUGCAGAACUACAUCCACAGAGACCUGGCAGCCAGGAACGUCCUGGUGGGCGAGAACAACAUCUGCAAAGUGGCUGACUUUGGCCUCGCCAGGGUCUUCAUGAAAGAGAAUGAAAAUGUGUACGAAGCCAAAGAAGGAACUAAAUUCCCUGUGAAGUGGACUGCACCAGAGGCCAUCCACAACAACAAGUUCAGCAUCAAAUCGGACAUUUGGUCCUUUGGAAUUCUGCUGUAUGAGAUCAUGACGUUUGGACAGAUGCCUUACCCAGCCAUGACCAACUACCAAGUCGUCCAGAGGGUCCCAACGGGCUACAGGAUGCCAAGCCCCCCCAACUGUCCCAAAGUCAUGCAUAACAUUAUGAUGGAAUGCUGGAAGGAGAGCGAAGGGGAUCGGCCCACAUUCGAGACCCUGCAGUGGAAGCUGGAGGACUUCUUCGACCUGGACGUGACGUCGUACGACGACGCCAGCCGUUACUAGCACACUGACGAGUCUGGGACAAGCGGAAGGAAAGAAACAAAAAAAUCAUAUUGUUUCUGCGCUGAAGCCAAAUCAAAAAUCACCUGAAUCCAAACAUGAACAUACGUCGAUGUUUUUAAUGACACAACAGAUUGAAAUGUGAUUUAAUAACUAGUUUGCGGUGAAAUUAAGGAUCUAAAAUGUUUGAGCUUGAUAGAAUGGUGUGUCUGUAUCUGACAUGCAGUGAGGAAGCCUUUACUGCUGCAGCACUGCCAAGGUUUGGCUUUGUUUGACAACUGAAUGCGUGUAUCUGGAAGUGCUUGACUCAUAGAAGAACACGCGAUUGGAAGACGCCUCUUUCAGCAGAGACACAAAGCUGCGAUCUGACUAUCUCGACGGACUGGUUCUUCUUGCACCUGGUAGGUACCUGAGAGGAGUCGUCAGUCAUGUUUGCUUGUAAGCUCGAUCUGUUUGGCGUGUGCUGAUCAUAUGUAAAUCUAGAGUAAAGUCAACGCCCUCCAUUCAAAAUCAAAUAGUUUUUUACUUCAGGCCCGUUGUGCCACUAAUAACUGCAACAAGAGCUAAAAACAAGUGGACACAGUCAGGUUUGUACAAAGCCCUGCAAGUGACCAGGAGGGGAAAUAAAUUCAUGGGCACAAACGACUGGAGCUUAACAUUAAAUUAUAUUUACAACUCUUAUUUAAUGCUGGAUUCAUUGUUUUUGCUACUUUAGGGUUGAGCGCAUCAAGUUGAAGGUAUUAGCAACUCAUUACACAUCCAGCAGACACAGAGCAACAGCAGCAUUCAUUUGUCGUAUUUCUGGCCUCCUGAUGAAUCAAAGUCAAACAUUCCAUCUCUUUCAGCUUUGUUGCAGAACAAUGUCGCUCUCUUUAGCUGAUAAACGAGCCACUAUGUUCACCAGCUAGUUGCUAACUUUGUUACUGCUUGUACGCUACCUGCUCGGUUCAGUGUUUUUUGUUUUUUUUUUUUGUUUUUUUUUAAGCUAGAUGGAGAUUUUUCUGCCCAUUAAAACAUUUUACCGUUAACUUCUACAUCCCUUUAACGCAUGUUAAAGAUUGUUUAAUGUUCUGUUAAUUUGUGUGCAAAAAAUGAAGUCUUUCAAGAGCACAGAUGGUUAUUCUGUGUGCACACUGGGAUUUGUUAUGCACAUUUAUACCUGCCAGUCCAUUUGCCCCUGGUGGCUACAUUACAUCACUACACCCACAAAUCUGCAGUGACCUCAUCCCUUUCUGCUCUCAUAGCGGGGUACAUUAAUUGAAUACAUAUUUUUGUUGGUCUUACAUACGGGGGACUUGCAGUAUAGUUGCUCAACGACUGAACAAUGUGAAACUAGACAAUCUCUCUGAAUGAUUUUUAACGCUGCUCUCAGAUCUGUGGCCACGUGUAUGUUUGAACCUGGUGGAUUAUCUCGUGCUCUAAUGAUUGUAAAUAAUGUUUUCAGUGUCAUGAACAAAAUCUUGUUAAUUGUACAUUUUAACCAUGAGUGUUUCUAUAAUCCUACUGUAUGUUAUAAUUAUCCGUUAUACAUGGCAUAAUAAAAUGAUUUAUAUUUAC